UAGUCGCGAUACGUUGGUAUAGUAUAGAAAAGGUAGAUCUAAAGUACUACAUCGCGCGUAUUGUAGACAAAUCCUGCUGCUGAUGAGAGCCGACACAACGUGAGUUGUACCGAGGGUGCUGGAUGACAAUGCAAAGUGACAACCUGGCAAUGGUACAGUGGUAAAAAUCUCCCCCUACCCGCGGACAUACACGGAAACAAAUAUGUGUAUCUCGUUCGUUAUCCGGUAGAUUUAUUAGUAAGUGAGAACACCGACUGUAAUACAGAACUUCUAAACAGUGUUGGAGAGAGAAAAAGGACGAACAAUUGAAUGGAUAGUGACAGACUGGUGUUAACAAUCGAGGAAAGACCGAGGAAUACGGACGUUUAGUAUAGAAAGAAGUAGAAAGUCAGAGUAUUUGGGAUGUACCCAGUAUAUCGUAGUGGUUGUGUAUCACAGCAGCCGUUUGUCCGAGCUUCUUUUCAACUCCGCGACCUCCGUGCAUGCGUUACAGACCGAAAAAACCGACGAAGUACAACGGACAGUGUAGAUCGAACAGAGCGGCAGUAUUUGUUUACAUUGUAGAGGUUUGUAUCAUAACAUAUAUAUAUACCCGGCUCUGAAUACCGUACAUUUGAUGACAGUCGACUGUGUAUUUGACCAGGUAUAGAUCUAGAGGAAUUUGACCAAAUACAGACAAGCCUUAUCACCGGUUAGCGACAUACGCUAGAUUUAAACACGGCUGUUUAUUCAGCAAUCUACACAGUUUAAGGACUGAAGAGGGCUAUAAAAUACAAUAUUUGUAAACGCUUUACCCCGGCGUGUGAUAUUGGUUCGGCACUCUACUGCAUACGCAGGGAUCAUCGACACAACAUAUUGAUUAUCGGUUAUUUCUGGGACUGCGGUCAAAGUCCUCAUCACUAUGUCCUAACCUCGGCCCGACGAUGUUUUGGUGUGUUGGACACUGGUCACUGUGCUGAGGUUGACUAGGAUUAUAUAUGGCGAUAUUUCACUGUUCAGUAGGACGUGUUUGAUAAAGAUUUUUUUACCUGUACUCUUACCUGCAUUCCGUAAUUACUUGGGUAUAAGUGUGUAUUUCGUGGCUGUAUAGGUUGUAUGGAAAUGUCUACGGGAAAUAUCACUGCCCACCUUACCCCUCCAUACCUCCUUCCCAAAAUGAGGAUGGAACAGGAAAGGGUUCUGGAAGAAAAUUUCCGGAAGAAUCGCAACCCCACCGACUUGGAUGUAACACUGAUUGCAGCGGAGGCUGGCCUGAUGGACGAUGACGUCAAGAUCUGGUAUGGACACCGUCUAGCCUGCUGGCGUCAGCAACAGGGACUGCCUGCUAACAGUGGUUCGGUAAAGGACUGACCAGAGGUCAAGGCCAUUGUGAGAUGUCUGUUGUUGGUCGGAGCCCGCGCUAGUCAAUGGAUCAUGAUUGUUCAAUAACUGUCAAACCAUGCAAUCAUUCAUCCUACCUCGACGUUAUUCAUAAACAACGAAUCUGUCAAAGCGGUGACCAUAUUUCACUGUGAAUCUUUGACCUUGAAGAUUGUAAUCGUCACCUGUGAUCCUGACCUUGAAAGUGCAUUCUUGAUAUGAUAAGCUUAUUCCGGGAUCACGUGCUAGGUUCAGUGUUGUAUUUAGGAGAGAUGAGCCUGACUUAUUCACUUUUAGCUUAGGGUAAAAGUGGAACACGUGACACAAAAGCUUUUUGGUGGCAUUCACCACGCUCUGUGAAUAAAAAGAUCGGGAAAUCCUAAAUAUAGCAUGACUUUGACGCAGGUAUGAUUUAUCUUCAGCACCAGAAGAGCUAUAUAACAACAAAGAGAAUAUUUUAUUCGAAAUAAGCAAAUGAAAAAAUUGACAGACAGAAUUCAUCUAAAUAUGUAAAUUAGUACUUAUUGCUAAUAUGAUCUAUGACCUUGAAUAACUGCAAUACAAUGACAUUGAUCCACUCUGAGAUUAUGUUAAUUUAAAUGACCCGCAAGAAUGCCCCAGCAAGGAUCAACACGAAACAUUUCAUAAUAACGAAUGAAAUCCAAAGUGUCCAAAGCAUUGUAAUUGACUUCUCUUUGUACUUGUACCAAUGCAAGUUAAAUCUGAGAUGGAGACAGGACGGUUUUUGCUAUCCUCUUAAAUCUGUAUGUGACAAUGCCCAUGUGACCAGGCUAGGUUACAAUGUUUAUUUACUAUAUAAAAGAUAAAACAAUCGUUUGAUCUAAACUUUAACCCGGUCAAACGAACAAUACAUCUAAUUUUUAGGUUUUAGGUGACCUGAGUCUCAUGGUUACCAAUUGCAAUCCCCUAAGUCCGGGGGUUGUAAACAUUUUACAUUUUCGACUUCUUCUGGAAAACCCCUGAACUGAUUUCAAAGAAAGCCAAGGUGGACGAAAAUUGUAAAUUAUAUGGCCGCUGUCAAACUCUGGAAAAUCUUCUUCUCAAUACCCAAAUAUGGUAGGAUCAAAUAAUGUUCAUGGAUUGAAGGGUCUUAAUGUGUCUUACCAAAAGUGUCAAUUUCAUGACCCCAGGGCCACACAUUUCUCGGUAGGGAAGGGAUUUACAUAGUUUAUAUAGGAAAAUGGCAUAAUGGAGCAUAAUUUGUUUAUUUUUUGCUGGAAAUAGUGCGAACUUUGUCAAAAUUGUUACUAUGGAAUGACAGUUUGAUGAUAUGAACAUAUUGACCUUGGAUGAUCUAUUGGCAUUGUGGGCGGGUUCAAAAAGGGUCACAUUUGAAUGAAAUUUUAAAAAAUCUCAAUUAUACCCAUGUCAGUAGCAUGAAAUAAUCUUCCUGUAUGGAAAGUUCUUAAUUUGUUUUACCAAAACCCUACAGUCUCACAUUUCCCCCUGAGGAGGGGUAAAAUUUACAAUUGUUUACUAGAUCAUCGUUAUGUCGUGAAAAUUACACAAUAAUGAGUUACAAUUUCUGGGAAACCCUCCUUCCCCAAUAUAAUUAGCGUUUUUCACUUUCUUUUCAUUUCUCUGCUUCAAUUUGUGAGGUUAUCCAGGUGAUCUUUUAAGCCCAGUGGGCCUCUUGUUGUCUAGAGGAAUUUUGUUUACAUGUACUCUAAUAGAAGAGAAACAUUUUCCCCUGUUUAGUUUUGAGAUAAACGUAUGGAACGAUUCAUCAAGGUAUCCCCCGAAAUCUGAGGUAAUUAAUGAUUAUAAUUCUCUCUUGUUAGAUUGUUUAUCAACAAUUAAAAUUCUGCAGUAUUAAAUAAUCGUUGAUCGACAAAUGGCACUCCCUAAUUCUAAUCUAGUCAGCAUAUUGUGUAUCGUCUUUAAAUCUAUCGUUUUCAUCAUCCACCAUCACUUUAUAUAUUUGUACAGAUGUUUGUUGUAUAGUUUUUUUAAAACUUAAUUUCUUUACAGUCAACUAUGACACAAACGUCUUCAACUUCUGUUAUCGUUGUUUGUGAUUUUUUUUACCUGUGGUCAGGAAAGGUAAUUUCUAGAGCCGUUCCAAUUAGGCCUACAUUAAUUUACGUACACUCGUGGAACUUUGCGAGUUUAUGUAGAUAUUUAACAGCACUCAAAGUAUUUAUUUUAAAUAUAUUACUAUUUCAAAUAAAUGUUCUCAAUUUAUUUUUUCACAAAGUAUUUCCAAUGUUCUGUAGUCUGAAAAUGACGUACAAUUAGAACACCAAAGUGUACUGGUUCGGAGCCGUUCUCCCAGA